GAUCAUGGCGGAUGGCCCCAGGUGUAAGCGCAGAAAGCAGGCGAACCCGCGGCGCAAUAACGUUACAAAUUAUAAUACUGUGGUAGAAACAAAUUCAGAUUCGGAUGAUGAAGACAAACUCCAUAUUGUGGAAGAAGAAAGUGUUACAGAUGCAGCAGAUUGUGAAGGUGGUGUGCCAGAAGAUGACUUGCCAACAGACCAGACAGUAUUACCGGGGAGCAGUGAAAGAGAAGGAAAUACCAAGAGCUGCUGGGAAGAUGAUGGAAAGGAAGGACAAGAAAUCCUGGGGCCUGAAGCUCAGGCAGGUGAAGCUGGAUGUACAGUAAAAGAUGAUGAAUGUGACUCAGAUGCUGAAAAUGAACAAAACCAUGAUCCUAAUGUUGAAGAAUUCCUGCAACAACAAGACACUGCUGUCAUUUAUCCUGAGGCACCUGAAGAGGACCAGAGGCAGGGUACACCAGAAGCCAGUGGUCAUGAUGAAAACGGGACACCAGAUGCAUUCUCUCAGUUACUCACCUGCCCAUAUUGUGAUAGAGGCUAUAAACGCUUUACCUCUUUGAAAGAACACAUUAAAUAUCGCCAUGAAAAGAAUGAAGAUAACUUUAGUUGCUCCCUCUGCAGUUACACCUUUGCAUACAGAACCCAGCUUGAACGUCACAUGACAUCACAUAAGUCAGGAAGAGAUCAAAGACAUGUGACGCAGUCUGGGGGUAAUCGUAAAUUCAAGUGCACUGAAUGUGGAAAAGCUUUCAAAUACAAACACCACCUAAAAGAGCACUUAAGAAUCCACAGUGGAGAGAAGCCAUAUGAAUGCCCAAACUGCAAGAAACGUUUUUCCCAUUCUGGUUCCUAUAGCUCUCACAUAAGCAGUAAAAAAUGUAUCAGCUUGAUGCCUGUGAAUGGACGACCAAGAACAGGACUCAAGACGUCUCAGUGUUCCUCACCAUCUCUGUCAGCAUCUCCAGGCAGUCCCACACGACCACAGAUACGGCAAAAGAUGGAAAAUAAACCCCUUCAAGAACAACUUUCUGUAAACCAAAUUAAAACUGAACCUGUGGAUUAUGAAUUCAAGCCCAUAGUGGUUGCUUCAGGAAUCAACUGUUCAACCCCUUUACAAAAUGGGGUUUUUAGUGGUGGUGGCCCAUUACAGGCAACCAGUUCUCCUCAGGGUGUGGUGCAAGCUGUUGUUCUGCCAACAGUUGGUUUGGUAUCUCCCAUAAGUAUCAACUUAAGUGAUAUUCAGAAUGUACUAAAAGUGGCAGUAGAUGGUAAUGUAAUAAGGCAAGUUUUGGAAAAUAAUCAAGCCAAUCUUGCAUCCAAAGAACAAGAAACAAUCAGUGCUUCAUCCAUACAACAAGGUGGCCAUUCUGUUAUUUCAGCUAUCAGUCUUCCUUUGGUUGAUCAAGAUGGAACAACCAAAAUUAUCAUCAACUAUAGCCUCGAGCAGCCUAGCCAACUUCAAGUUGUUCCUCAAAAUUUAAAAAAAGAAAAUCCAGUCCCCACAAACAGUUGCAAAAGUGAAAAAUUACCAGAAGAUCUUACUGUUAAAUCUGAGAAAGACAAAAGCUUUGAAGGGGGAGUGAAUGAUAGCACUUGCCUUCUGUGUGAUGACUGCCCAGGAGAUCUUAAUGCACUUCCAGAAUUAAAGCACUAUGACCUACAGCAGCCUGCUCAGCCUCCUCAGCUCCCUGCACCGGAAGCUGAGAAGCCGGAGUCCUCUGUUUCAUCAGGUACUGGAGAUGGCAAUUUGUCUCCCAGUCAGCCACCUUUAAAGAACCUCUUGUCUCUUCUAAAAGCUUAUUAUGCUUUGAAUGCACAACCAAGUGCAGAAGAGCUCUCAAAAAUUGCUGAUUCAGUAAACCUGCCACUGGAUGUAGUGAAAAAGUGGUUUGAAAAGAUGCAAGCUGGACAGAUUUCAGUGCAGUCUUCUGAACCAUCUUCUCCUGAACCAGGCAAAGUUAAUAUCCCUGUAAAGAACAAUGAUCAGCCUCAAUCUACAAAUGCAAAGGAACCCCAAGACAGCACAAUAAAUCCACAAAGCCCUCAGAAGAUGACUAAAUCUCCAGUUUUAUCAGUGGGAUCAGCUGUCAAUGGUUCCAGAAGUAGAACACCGUCCCCAUCACCACUAAACCUUUCCUCAUCCAGAAAUACACAGGGUUACUUGUACAUAGCAGAGGGUGCACAAGAAGAACCGCAAGUAGAACCUCUUGAUCUUUCACUACCAAAGCAACAGGGAGAAUUAUUGGAAAGGUCAUCUAUCACUAGUGUUUACCAGAACAGUGUUUAUUCUGUCCAGGAAGAACCCUUGAACUUGUCUUGUGCAAAAAAGGAGCCACAGAAGGACAGUUGUGUUACAAACUCAGAACCAGUUGUAAAUGUAAUCCCACCAAGUGCCAAUCCCAUAAAUAUUGCUAUACCUACAGUCACUGCCCAGUUACCCACAAUUGUGGCCAUUGCUGACCAGAACAGCGUUCCAUGCUUGCGAGCACUAGCUGCCAAUAAGCAAACUAUUCUAAUUCCCCAGGUGGCUUACACAUACUCAACUACCGUCAGUCCUGCAGUUCAGGAACCACCCUUGAAAGUGAUUCAGCCAAAUGGAAAUCAGGAUGAAAGGCAAGACACUAGCUCAGAAGGAGUAUCAAAUGUGGAGGAUCAGAAUGACUCUGAUUCUACACCACCCAAAAAGAAAAUGCGGAAGACAGAAAAUGGAAUGUAUGCUUGCGAUUUGUGUGAUAAGAUAUUCCAAAAGAGUAGCUCAUUACUAAGACAUAAGUAUGAACACACAGGUAAAAGACCUCAUGAGUGUGGAAUCUGUAAAAAGGCAUUUAAACAUAAACAUCAUUUGAUUGAACAUAUGAGAUUACAUUCUGGAGAAAAGCCCUAUCAAUGUGACAAAUGUGGAAAGCGUUUCUCACACUCUGGGUCUUAUUCUCAACACAUGAAUCAUCGCUACUCUUACUGCAAGAGAGAAGCAGAGGAACGUGAUGGCACAGAGCAGGAAGAGACAGGACCAGAGGUCCUCACGAAUGAGCAUGUUGGUGCUAGGGCAUCUCCCUCUCAGGUCGACUCGGAUGAGAGAGAGAGUUUGACAAGAGAAGAGGAUGAAGACAGUGAAAAAGAAGAAGAUGAGGAGGAAGAUAAAGAGAUGGAAGAACUGCAAGAAGAAAAAGAAUGUGAAAAACCACAGGGGGACGAGGAAGAAGAGGAGGAGGAAGAGGUAGAGGAAGAAGAAGUAGAAGAGGCAGAGAAUGAGGGUGAAGGAGCAAAACUGGAAGGUCCAAUGAAGGAUGAUAGAGCUGUAAAUCGACCAAGCAGCAUAGAACAAAAAGUCGAGAAUAGUGAGCGAGUGUCUGAAGAAAAAACAAAUGAAGCCUAAUACUUUUUCUAGAAGGAAAAUAAAUUCUAAUUGGUAAUGACGUUUGUUCUAUAUAAUACAUGCUUUUCAUGGAAACACAGUAACCUGUAUACUGUGAUUUCCGUUCACUACUGUGUAAAGUAAAAAUAAAAAAUGCAAAAUACAAAAAAAAAAAAAAAAUACACAAAAAAAGAAAUCCGGGUGUGCCUGAACCUCAGACCUAGUAAUUUUUCAUGCAGUUUUCAAAGUUAGGAACAAGUUUGUAACAUGAAGCAGAUUAGAAAACUUUAGUGACUCAGUAAGCAAAGAUGCAACAGGAAACUGAUUAAUUAGAUAAGCAUCUGGCAUUGUUUCAUUUUAUCAGUAUUAAAUAUCACUUUUUUGUUGGUUUAUUCUUGAGCUGUACAAUUGGGAGAAAUUUUAUAAUUUUUUAUUGGUAAACAUAUGCUAAAUCCGCUUCAGUAUUUUAUUAUGUUUUUUAAAAUGUGAGAAUUUCUGCACUACAAAAUUCCCUUCACAGAGAAGUAUAAUGCAGUUCC